GGCCGUCGUCCUCCGGAGGUUGCGGGGAAGAUCCUCGCGUGGCGCGAUCUCUCCCCCUUUUUUGUGACGUCGGUUUGGUUUUUUUAAGCUGGUUGCUGGAAUGUCGUCUGCGUCAUUGGCGGAAGAACCCUCGUUCGUUUGUAGCGCGGUCGGUUCAAAGUCACGCCGGUGCGGAGAAACAUAACGUUACUCGGCUCCCGUCGCUGCGGUCGUGUCGGGUUCAUUCGUUUCGAGUUGCUGCUUGCGGACGCACGCUGCUCUCGUGGAUACGGGUCGCGGACGUCUGUCUGCCUUUCUUGAGUGGUCGCCUACUUCAGGAGCACGCGGCUGGGAUUUUGACGUGUGGUGGGGGGCUGCUGCCAGCGCGUGCGGAUUCUAUUUUCGUUUGGUUCCAAGUUACAGCCCUCAGCGGCUUCUUCGGCAUGUCUCAUCUGGGGCUCGACAUCGCCAUGGGCCUGAUCAAGGUCCUGGUGACUGCCUACGACAUGGUGUCCAUUCCGAUCUACUCAAUCUUCCAGAGGCCUUGGGACUACUGGAGAAGGAAGCAUAUGACCUUUGCCAAGGCGGCCAUAGAGAAAGACCCAUCUUCCCCCUGGGUCCGGGCGACGAAAGGGGGUGUGGACAGCCUGGAUGGCAUCCGCACGAUGGACGAGCUGACGCGCAAGGCGAUCCACACCUACCGGGACCAGCCCUGCUUUGGCACCCGGCAGAUCCUCGGGGAGAGCGAGGAGAAGCAGGCCGACGGGAAGGUCUUCAAGAAGCUGGUGCUAGGUGACUACCAGUGGCUGACAUACAAUGACGUGGACCGCAAGAUCGACCUCAUUGGCCGAGGCUUGAUGGCCCAUGGCGUGCGGCCGCGACAGAAUGUUGUGAUCCUGGCCGAGACACGGCUGGAGUGGAUGCUGGCAGCCCAGGCCUGCCUGCGCAUCAACAUCCCAGUGGUGACCCUGUAUGCAACGCUGGGUGAGGAUGGCAUCAUCCAUGGCAUCAAUGAGACCGAGGCCACACAUCUGAUUACGUCCUACGAUCUCAUGCCUAGGAUUGCUAAAAUCCUGCACAAGAUUCCGUCGCUGACGCACAUCAUCUACAUGGAGAGCCCGCUGUCCAAGGCCCCCGUGGUGGCCCCUGAAGGGGUCAGGGUCCUCCCCUUUGCCCAGCUGGAGGAGAGCGGCAAGACUGCAGACGCCGAACUGAGGGGUGAGACGCCCACCACAGACGACAUUGCCAUCAUCAUGUACACCAGCGGGUCGACGGGCAUCCCCAAAGGGGUGAUGAUCACCCACGGCAACGUAGUCACCACCGCACGGGGCUUCAGCGUGAUCUGCAAGAACAUCGGAGAGGGCGACACUUACAUCGCUUACCUUCCCUUGGCUCACGUCUUGGAAUUGGCUGCCGAGUGUCUCUCGUUUGCUCUUGGAGCCAAGAUUGGUUAUUCGUCGCCCCUGACGCUCACAGACAAGUCAACUGGCGUCCAGCGAGGAUGCCAAGGUGACGCAACCCUCCUGCAGCCCACAAUUAUGGUUUCAGUACCUCUGAUUUUGGACCGUAUCCGCAAAAGCAUCACGGAGGUGGCUGCAGCCAGGGGUCCCUUCUUCUCCCGCUUCUUCAGUUACGUCGUUGCCUACAAGUCCUUCUGGCAACGCAUGGGCUUCAACACCCCAAUCCUCAACAGCCUAGUCUUCAACAAGAUGCGUGCACUCCUGGGAGGUCGCCUGAGCGUGAUUGCCACGGGCUCCGCUCCGCUCUCCGCGGACACUCACGAAUUCAUCCAAGCCUGCCUGGACUGCUACGUGGUUCAGGGCUACGGCCUCACCGAGACCGCUGCGGGAGCCACCAUCAUGGACCUGGAGGACGUGAGCUUUGGCCGCGUGGGGGCGCCCAUCGUGAGCUGCUACAUCAAGCUGGUGGACUGGGAUGAAGCCCACUACCACGUGACGGACAAGCCCAACCCGAGAGGAGAGAUCCUGGUCGGUGGACCGUGCGUCACAAAGGGCUACUACAAGAACGAGGCCCUGACAAACGAGUGCUACCGGGAGGAGGGAGGCAUUCGCUGGUUCUACACCGGCGACAUCGGCGAGAUGUUCCCAGACGGCACGGUCAAGAUAAUCGAUCGCAAGAAGGACCUUGUGAAGCUCCAGUUUGGCGAGUACAUCUCCCUGGGCAAGGUGGAGACCGAGCUGAAGACUUGCCCGUUGAUCGACAACCUGUGCGUCUACGGCAGCUCGUUCCACAACUACCUCAUCGCCUUGGUGGCACCCAAUCAGAAGCAGCUUAAACUGCUGGCCACUCAGCUGGGCAAGGAGUCGCUCAGCUUCAGCCAGCUCUGCGAGGACUCCGAAGUCAUCAAGGCCACCUCGGACGCCAUCGUCUCGCACGCGCGCAAAGCCAACCUCCAGAAGGUGGAGAUUCCCCUGAAAGUGAAGCUCUGCUCCGAAGACUGGCAGCCAGACACCGGCCUGGUGACGGCGGCCUACAAGAUCCGCAGGAAGAACAUCCAACAGUUCUACCAACAGUACAUAGAUGAAAUGUACACCGCCGCCUCGCAGAGGUCCAAGUCGACAUGAAGUCCGCACCAGAGGCCCCCGUCUGUGGCGACUCUCAAAAGGAACGCACUCGUUUUGUGUAGCGGACGCACGGGCCCACAUCAAGUGUACAUAAGUGUGUAGAUCCCACGACUCCCUCAGCUGCAGCAAGCAAAGAGACUGUGAUAACGCUGGUUGACGCGCAAAUGACGACGAGAAAGAACUCCCGGUCGAGACUCUUGGACUUUCGUCGAGCGCCGUGGAACUGUUACUAUUUUUGAAGCGCACAUUUCUUUUCUCUGUCCACCUCCUCUCGUGCACAUUGUUUUUGGAUUCGAGUUUUUUUUUCUUUCUUAGUUUGUCUUAUCUAAUAAAGCGAGGUGUUUUUGUCUUCUCGGUAUGUUGUAGGAAAUGGUCGGUAGUUGGGUGUAGUGUGUGUAGCGCUGUUUUCAUUUUCUGGGGUGCUGGUUUUUUGCUGCACCUCUUGUACAUAGUUGAAUGGAUUCCCAUACUUGUAUUUAUGGCAGUGUUGUAGAGUUUUGGGGACCACAUUGUGUUCUAGGGCUUACCUACCGGUGAAGGCACCUCAUCAAAAAAGAAAAAAAACCUAUUUGUGCCUUUGUUCUAUCCCAGGAAAAAUGGUUUGGGGGGAGGGGAAAUGAAUUUAGUCAGGUGUUAAACUUGCACUUUUUUUUAUUGCAGUUUCGAAAGGUGUACAUUUUUUGUGGGAUACUUUGAAGACAGCAGAGAACCAGGUUUUCUCGUUCAAAAUGGGGGGAAAUAGCCAGAUUCUAGCUACGAUACAUAUAUUUUUGGGAUACAUGUUUGUACCUGGCUUUUGAUUACUUGCUGUUUCACAAAUUAAGAUAUGUAACUAGCGAACCAUUCCACUUUUGAUCCCUGGCCACUACACACCAAGCUCGUUACAAUAAACUGUUCCCAGAAGUUAAA